GCUGCAGGGUGUAAAGGACCAGAGCUGCUUCCUCCUGGGCUUUUCCAGAAACCGUCCUGCCGCUGGAGCGGGAGCUGGGUGUGCGCUGGGCCUGGGCAGGCACGGCUGCGUGGCUGCUCUCUGUGGCUGCCUCUUUCCCUUGGGCAGAAACCAAGACUGGAACCCCACGCCUGAUCCAAACCCUCUGGCGGGCCAGUGUUCCUAGCCUGGGGAUGUUAGCAGAGCUGUACUUUACAAGGCACCCAGGCUUUUGGAAGAUGCUCACAGUGGCGGUGUGCAUGGCCCUUCUGGGCUGCCUGCAGGCCCAGGAGCCCCAGGGACAUGUCUCCAUAAUCCUGCUGGGAGCAACUGGGGACCUGGCCAAAAAGUACUUAUGGCAGGGGCUGUUCCAGCUGUACCUGGAUGAGGCGGGGAAGGGCCACAGCUUUAGCUUCCAUGGGGCUGCUCUGACGACCACCAAGCAGGGCCAAGAGCUCCUGGCCAAGGUCUUGGAGUCCCUCUCCUGCCCCAAGGAUGUGGCACCUGGUCGCUGUGCUGAGCUCAAGGACCAGUUCCAGCGGCUGAGCCAGUACCGUCAGCUGAAGACCAGCGAGGACUAUCUGGCUCUGAGCGAGGACAUCGAGGCACUGGUCCAGAAGGAGGGCCUCCGCGAGGCCGGCCGCGUGUUCUACUUCUCGGUGCCGCCCUUCGCGUACGCGGACAUUGCCCGCAGCAUCAACAGCAGCUGCCGUCCAGGCCCAGGCGCCUGGCUGCGGGUUGUCCUGGAGAAACCGUUUGGCCAUGACCACCUCUCAGCCCAGCAGCUGGCCACAGAGCUUGGGAGCUUUUUCCAGGAGGAGGAGAUGUACCGGGUGGACCACUACCUGGGCAAGCAGGCCGUGGCCCAGAUCCUGCCUUUCCGAGACCAGAACCGCAAGGCUUUGGAUGGCCUCUGGAACCGGCACCAUGUGGAGCGGGUGGAGAUCGUCAUGAAAGAGACUGUGGACGCAGAAGGUCGCACCAGCUUCUAUGAGGAGUACGGCGUCAUUCGCGACGUCCUCCAGAACCACCUGACGGAGAUCCUGACCCUGGUAGCCAUGGAACUGCCCUACAACGUCAGCAGCUCGGAGGCUGUCUUGCAGCACAAGCUGCAGGCCUUCCAGGCGCUGCGGGGCCUCCGGACGGGCAGUGCCGUCGUGGGCCAGUACCAGGCGUACAGCGAGCAGGUGCGCAGAGAGCUGCACAAGCCGCCCAGCUUCCACAGCCUGACGCCGACCUUUGCAGGCAUCCUCGUUCACAUGGACAACCUUCGCUGGGAGGGAGUUCCUUUCAUCCUGAUGUCCGGCAAAGCCUUGGAUGAGCGAGUGGGCUACGUCCGGAUCUUGUUCAAGAACCGGGCAUAUUGUGCCCAGAGCGAGAAGCACUGGGUCGUGGACCAGAGCCAGUGCCUGCCUCAGCAGGUGGUGUUCUACAUCGGCCAUGGCGAGCUGGGCAGCCCUGCCGUGCUGGUCAGCCGGAACCUGUUCAGGCCCUCCCUGCCCUCCCAGAGCUGGAAGGAGCUGGAGGGCCGGCCCGGGCUCCGCCUUUUCGGCCGCCCUUUGUCUGAUUACUAUGCCUACUGCCCCGUGAGGGAGCAGGACGCCUACUCCAUCCUCAUUUCUCACAUCUUCCACGGCCGAAAGGACUCCUUCAUCACCACAGAGAACUUGCUGGCCUCCUGGGUCUUCUGGACCCCCUUGCUGGACAGCCUAGCCCACGAGGUCCCACGCCUCUACCCGGGAGGAGCUGAGAAUGGGCACCUGUUGGACUUCGAGUUCAGUGGCAGCCAGUUAGCCUUUACCCAGCGGCAGCCGGUGCAGCUGGUGCCAGGGCCAGGCUCUUCUCCGAUGCCCAGUGACUUCCAGGUUCUUACGGCCGUGUACCGAGAGAGCCCACUGGUGUCAGCCUGGCCCGAGGAGCUGAUCGCUAAGCUGGCCAGUGACAUCGAGGCCACAGCUGUGCGGGCAGUACGGCGCUUCGGCCAGUUCCUGGCGCUCUCGGGCGGCUCGAGCCCCGUCGUCCUGUUCCAGCAGCUGGCCACGGGGCACUAUGGCUUCCCCUGGGCCCACACACACCUGUGGCUGGUGGAUGAACGCUGCGUCCCGCUCUGGGACCCCGAGUCAAACUUCCAGGGCCUGCAGACUCACCUGCUGCGCACUGAGGUCCCCUACUACAACGUCCACCCCAUGCCCGUGCACCUGCACCAGCGGCUCUGCGCUGAGGAGGACCAGGGUGCCCGGGCCUACGCCGACGAGAUCUCGGCCCUCGUGACCAACGGCAGCUUCGACCUGGUGCUGCUGGUGCAUGGGCAACGACGGUGCCACACAGCCCUCCCUCUUCCCAGAGUCGCCCACAAGGACUGGAGAGGCGAGCAGCUGGUGGUGCUGACCGAGAGCCCCCUCCCGCCGCACCUUAGCAUGAGCCUCAGCCUGCCGCUCAUCAACCGGGCCAGGAAGGUGGCUGUCCUGGUCAUGGGCAGGCUGAAGCGUGACAUCACCAUGCUGGUGAGCCGCGUGGGCCACGAGCCGAAGAAGUGGCCCAUUUCGGGCGUCCUGCCUGCUUCUGGCCAGCUGGUUUGGUACAUGGACUACGAGGCCUUUCUGGGAUGAUGCAGCCUGUGCCGUCUGCUCACCCCCGUGCUGUCUUUCACCUGUCCUGUCCCCUCCCCUCUUAGUCCUGCCACCUGCCCUGGCGCCCUGACUCUCUGGAAUCCGAAGCGUCGGGCGGCCCCCUGAGACGCCCCAUCCCAAGCCCUUUGACAGUCCCCAUCUAAUUGUGGUGGGCAGACACAGAAACAAGAAAGAAACGGAGUCUCUGCUCAUGAGAAGCUUCAAAUCCAAGUCAGGAGAGAAAUACCCAUCUGAAGAAAAGAACUGCAAUGAUGCCACAUUAACUUCAUCCAGUGCAAAGUAGGAUGGCGUGGAAGCUCCCAGCUUCGAAGAAGGAGUGCAGUGGGCCGAGUUAAUCAGGGAGGUGUCCUGGCGGAGGUGAUCCUGAACUGGUUCCUGUGGAGAAGAGCAGGGAUGUAGAGGGAAGAGAGCGCCGGCACCCCUCCGAGCAGGUGCAGGCCCGUUGCAGAGCCAGGUACACAGAACUGCCCGAGCGCUCAGGCAGGUGGAGCCCUACUCCGUUUCCCCUUCUUCCCGAGCCUCUUACACCCAGUGUGGCCAUCUCCACGUGCUCUGUCUCUGUUUUGUUCUCAGUCCCGACUGUGGAGGAGGUCUUCCCAUCUCCUCUGUUUUUGGCGUCCAUCAGACUCUUCAUUUACAGACAGACGAAGGAUGACAGUAACUCAGAAACAAAUACUAGGAUGUUACAACGGCUCCAGAAAUCUUGUGACUGUUUGGAGUGGCUUCCUCAGCAGAUGAACUUCUCUGAAUGGGGGGUGCUGGUUACCCCAGCUCCUCAGGGAGGGCCCUGUCCCCACCCUUCCAUGUGUUUCUCUGGCCAACACCCUCCGAGAAACAUGCUGGGCACCAAUGAUCAGGCCAUUCCAGGGAUCCCUCAUGUAAGAGGGACCUUUCCAUCUCAGGGGACUUCCCGGUGGCUGUUUCCACUCUCAGUAUCCCCUCUGGUUUUGCCGGGAAAGAUCCAGUCACCUCUUUCUCUGCUGGCACAACUCAUUUGGGGGGAGACACGUGAGGCCGAGUGACCUAGACCAUCCAGACGCUCUGACCUGACCAGACGGGCAGCCAGGCCUCCUCUGUGGGGUGGCCGCAGCUCCCAGACAGCAGUGGCUGUGCGCGACCUUCUCAGGGAUUUGGCCAAGUCACACUGCCCUGGGGGGGCGGCGGGGGGGCAGGCUGCACCCGCCCUUCUCACACUACCUCUCAGCAGCACCCAGCCUUCCGACCUCCUGCCUGCUGGUCCCUCCUGCCACCUCUCACUUCACCACUAAUGAAUGCAUUGCUGAAGCCUUGGGUCACAAAUCAUAGCUUCUCCUUGAGAACAGGGUGGGCGCUCUGCUCCUGACACCCGUGGGCCCAGCAAUCCCUGUUUUUUCUGAAGUCCCUAAGGGCGGGGCAGGGCUCCGAAAUGCUUCCCGCACUCAAAAUUCUCAGGACACAUUUAGUUUUAUUUCAACUUCCCACACGGGCCUGCCCCCAAGCUAUGACUCUGAAGGAAUAAGAGGGAUUUUUCUGCGUGACUGCACCCGCCUCUCAUAGGCACACUUUGUGUCGAGCAGAUAAGUUUUAUCAGGCAGGUAAUCAAGUGUUGAUGUCGCACAGAAGGCUUUCCUUGGUGAGGCGCAUCACGAAAUCUAUUUGUCUGCUGUUGAUUGUUUCCACUUCCUUCAAGGCUACGGAUUUAAGGGAACUCUUGCUUUCAUUUUAGAUGCGUGUAUUGAAAUGGGUGCCCGAGCUACGAGCUACGGGCUCUCCGUGUGAAAGGCACUGGUUAAAAUUCGCCUUCCCCUGGCCUCCAGUGACUGGGUCCAGAUAGGACACCUCUCUUUGUACGGAGAGAGUUGACCUCGGCAGAUCAGAAUCCCCGCACCAGGUCCGGGUGUCCCCUCCCUUUCUGAGGUCAGCAUUUUAACUUUUUUGCGCUAGAGAUGCUGGUGGGCUGGCGCUCGUGAGUGGACACAGGUGGUUGCAAUUCGGGUGCCACCGCUGGCCACGUGGGGGCGCUCUCGCACCAUACCUGCCGUCCUGCGGUCGGACUGCUGAGGAAUUCCCCGCGCUGUAUUUGCAUUUUCGGAUCGCGCCUCCCUGGGCCCUUGGCCCGAGCACUCCCCCAGCUGUUCUUUGGGAAACUCUUCCUCUGUGGUUGCAACACCAGAGAGAAAGGGACCUCAACAUGCCUGAGUCCAUUCCAGGAUAAAGGGUAAACUGGCUCCUGAUGUCACCAUUUCUGAUAAUAGUGAGUCACUGUGGGCCUGAGCCUAGGAUGUCCUGUUCUUAGAGGAGUGCCCUGCCUCUAAAAGCACCCCUUAUCCGUGGAGAGUGUGCGCAUGGGGGUAGGGGUCAGGGCAAAAAAAUGCCAAAGGUUUCCUUUCCAGAAUCAAGUGCUGUCUUAACAUCACGCCAGAAAAGUCCGCCGGGAGACAUUGUCAGCAUUCCUGCUUCUACCCACUCCCUCUUCCCGUUUCCCUCCUUGCCCUGGGCCAGGAAGGAGAAAGUCUCAGAACCCUGCCACCUAGGCUGGUGGUUUCCAAACUUUCUGGAUCAUGAUCCACAGCAAGAAACACACUUUAUAUCAUGAGUCGUGCAGAAAUCUAUCUCAAGCACAAGUUUCAUAAAGGCAUUUCUGCCCUGAGAGCAUUGGGUACUCUCUAGUUUCUAUUUUCAUUUAAGAAAAUGCUGUUUGUAAUCCGCUAAAUUGAGUUGACGCACAGUUUGAAAAACACUGCUGUAAUCCAGUUUUACCCUGUUCCAUAAGCCGGGGACCCCUCCUAGAUUUGGGAGGGAACACGUGUUCUCAGCUCCCCCAGCUGCUCACUGUUGACCAAGUUGGGACCGGAACCCCGGCUUUCCAGUCCCGCAGCCUCAGGCCUCGCGCUCAUCUGGGCGCAGAGGGAAGCUGCCCAGGCCGGGCGUGGGGACUGCUUCAGCCCCUGGUGUGGGAUGCUCAGCCUCCUUCAUAACAAGGAGGGAGAGCACUGAGUGGUAAAGAAGCUCGAAGCCUUGCGGGAGCAGGAGCGAUUUGACGUAUGGGUUGGUAAGUACCAGGCUAGAUUCUAAGUAUUUUACGCAACUUGUCUAACAUUUGAACAACCCUGUGAGGCAGGUGGAUGAUUUUGAAACUGAAGUUGUCUAAUGACAACAGGCCAGCUGUUCCAAGCCAGGCGUAAAACCUGGGUCUACAGGAUUCUAGUUAUGUGCUGCCAGCCACCCUGCAGUACCACCUCCUUCCCAGGGAUCCCUGGAUGCUCAGAGCAGCCGUCAUUACUCCAAGUCCUGUAAAAAAGGCAGAAAGACCCCUCCUUUGGGAGCCCUCGUCAAAUUAGCAUCUUUAGAGCAUUAUUGCUGUUUGUUCUCAGGAAAGAAUUGAGGGACUUUCCAGGCUGUUGUAAGCUGCAUUCUGAUUUUGAGCUGGGAGCAAAGUGUCUUGCUAACCGCAAGUUAAAAUAGUCUCGUCUUGUUGAUCUUCCCAGCUCCCUGCUUCUCUGCAGACAAUGCUUUAUUCCCACCCUCCGGCCUCCAGUUUAGCAGCAUAACCAAAGCUUUCUGCCAGUGGACUGAUAUUUCAGAAGACUCCCCUGACGGCUGUCAUUCCAGAGUGCACAGGCUUGGUCUCCCUGGCCUGGGAGCUCCCUCCUGCUUUGCCUCGCCCCCUCCUUUCCCCAUUUGUGCAGAGAGCUGGGGACAGUGUGACAGAAAGGAAGGGAGAAGCAUCCGUAAGACCUUAAGAGGCAGUUUCCUACAAUUUUGUUUCCAUAAAUUUUUUUUCAACAAAAAUGUAUGCAGCUUCACAUAAGCAGCCCUACCUGGCGACACUUUUUAAGUAGACAGGGCCCUGCAGACCUUAGUCUACUAGUGGAGAAGCUGCCUGGCCGUGGGUGAGUGUCAGAGAAUGAGCAAGUCACAGCAUAAGCCAGUAGUGACAGGGUGAGGUGGCGGUGGUGGCCAGCCAGCGCGAUCAGCCCCUGCCUGCCUUGCACAGGACAAAGUGCAGACAGGACAAGGGCACUGAGAAGGCUGCUGCCUCCCACGUCACCAGGCUGCAUGGCCCACGAGGGCCACCUCCCUGACCGUCCACUUGCUGGAGUGAAGGCUGUGUGGGCUGCCGUGAAGUCCCUCCCAUGACUCCCCUACGAUGGCUGCUGGGCACCACAAACCACUAGGCCUUUGAGGUGCUUCCUGCUUUGUUCAGGUGACAUUUCCAUGAGAAAGAGGGUACCCCCCCCGCACCCCCCCACACCUCACUAGGUUCUCAUUUGGCAGCUGCUGAGAACCCACAGGGCACCAGGAAGGGUGGUUCCUGCCGUGAGAGCGCCCCUGCUGGCACUGCCCUGCUCUCCAGGCUCCGAGCAUCUCAUGUCACUGGAGGCGCCUGCUUGGAAGUGGGGGCUCCUUCCUCUAAGAGCCCCACCUGCUCGCCUCCUGCCCGUGGACUGGUCCAUGCCCUCCGCCGCCCAUCUUCCCUGCUUGCUUGGAGGGUUUGAGCUGGGCGCCAGCAUGCUCUUUGUUUUCCUUGCUGCACCUACAUAGCUCCAUAUGAAAUGAAAACCCUACCUCUUGCCCUUUCUACUCUAGAGCAGAGCGCUGCCGCCCGGGUAGCUCAGCCUCCCUACACAGCGUGUCUUCACCGAGGGAGCCAGCGCCAACCCCAGGCAGCACGUGUUCUUGGAUGAAGUGCAGCUGUCUUCGGGGACAUCCAGGGACCCUUCUCCAGAGGCGUGCCCAGGCCUCCAGGCAACAGCUCGAGCUGGGGCGUGAGUGAGACACAGGCUUCCUCAGCUCACGGCUAAGCAAGGUGCCCACACACGGAUGCUGUCGGCAGCACAAGAUGAAACAGCAAGAGAUUUGGGGCAUUUCUGAAAUGACAGCGAGAGGAGUCAUGAUCCCUUAAUGAAACUUCCUCUCCAGCCAACUCCAGUCAGGAGUUAGCAGAGCAGGUCCCCAGGGAUGUGCGUGUGUGUGUGAGAGACAGAGAGGAGAGACACCGACCCACGGAUGGGAAGGGCGAGGUCCAGAUUAGCUGCUUCUGCCUACUGGUUCCCAAGGAUGGCUUUUGUUUAAAAACACUUGCCUUGCUCUUGGGUGUUUUAUAGGAAGUCUCAGCAUCUUCCCUGUCCCUCUGCCGUGGGGAGGGGUGAACACGUUUUCGUUUGCGGAAAGCUUUAUGGAGUAGCUUUGAAAGUGGAAGUGUAAACAGAACCACAUAAAUUUGUCACUUUGGGUCCUUAGCUGUACCUACGGAGGUCUCGAUGGGUCCGUUGUAACAUGUUAUGAGAUACAUAAGAGGAAAAAGACCUAGCUGGUGGCCAUGUGACCUGCACCGUCCCUCCUCCCACUUGUGCAUUUGGAAGAACAGGUGAGGGCA